GUGAUUCAUUGUUUCUCGUUAGCAGCCUUACGCUGGUAUGCUGGAUACUUACCACCCGGUAUUUUCGUUAGGGCACCCCUAAUAUUUUAGUGGAAUUCUAACCAUCAUUAUCGGGCCGCGAGGCACAAUUAACACAAUACCAUUGAACUCUAUAACAGCUAUCCUGGGUUUUCUCCUCUACGCAGUAUAUGUUCUCACUGCCAACUUUCCUCAUUCAUUAAUUAUUAUUAUUGAAUUUCUCUGUCAUUCACUCAAGCUUGUGCCUGGUGUUAGUAUAAAAGAAAGGGAGCAAGAUAGAAUAAAGAUAGAGCUUCAAGAUUGUGCUGUACUGUACUGUGUAGUUACGUAAUAAUAAUAGUUCCAUUCAAUCCUAAUUACGGAGUAGAGUUAGUUAACUAAGUUAGUUAACUAACUUAUAACUAUAGGUCAAAUAACUAGACACAUUCCAAGAUAGCAUUAUCUAGUAGUUUUCGUGUAUUUAAUACGCUAAUUGUGCUUCGUUCGCCGAUGGAUGAGGAUUGAUCACGGAUGCCGGGGGGCGGCAUGCAUUGCAGGCAGCCAGCUCUAUCUUACGAACUUUUUGAUCUCAUGGUUAAGCGCUUGAAGUGAUCGGUUCCGCAGCCUUGGUUGGACCCAAAUGUGGUUAAAUGUGGUUAAAGGCUUCCGUGGUGUGGUGUGGUGUGGUGGGUGUGGUGGCGGGUGACAGCGGAGCACUUGCAUACAAACAAACAUUGCGGGGGAAGAAAAAAUAAUGCAAAGAAAGAAGAAGAAAGAAGAAAAAAAAUUAUCCAAAAUCCUAUCCCAACUCCGCUGAAAUUCAACCCUAGGAAAUUGUAACCCGUGUUCUAACUUACUAAAAGUCCCGAACAGUCCUAGUAAAAAACAAACAAACAAACAAACGAAAAAAAAAAAAAAAAAAAAAAAAAAAAAAAAAAAAAAAAAAAACCCCUCGCGCAAUAAUAGGAAAAACAUGUGAACCCCAACGAAUUGACAUUUUCGUCCGUUGAGACAAGGAGGACCAUUUGGCAACAAACAACAACAGGGAUUGAGUAGUAGUUAUCGUUCUUGUUUCCGCAUCUCUUGUCAGCAGGCCGGGGUUGUCAGGUUUGGGCUUUUCCUCCUCGGCGCCGUUCAGAGCCACGUUGAAGCUCGGCCUCUGACUGGAUGAAUCAAAUGCUAAUCAGCCCAACUUCACGAACGCUGCUUACUUAGGAGGCUGGGAACAAACCUCGUCGACAGAAGAUGGUGUGGAUGCUCGAGAUAGCUUAGCAGAGCAGUCGGGACAAACAUGGCCCUGGAAAUCUCUUUUUGUCUCCUUUGGGAGUUUGUCCGCCGGGCAUUGUCGAGGUGAACUCCUCUCUACCAACAAUGUCCCUUCAUUGCAUAUACGAAGAUACUGCUGUCCUUGAUGGCCGCAGGAAAAAACUGCCACAGCGUAGUGACACAUCCCGCUGCCUUCGAACUCAAACGAGGGUAAUGGAGUUGAGCGUCGGUGGACCAGUCUGUGGGGGGAACAUCGAUCGUGCACGCGUCUUUUUUGGGUUCAAGGCAUCCGAGGGAAUGAGGAAUUAGAGCGAAUAUAUGUCGAGUAAUUUGUUUAUUCUGCAUCCUGACCACAGCAGAAUGUGCCCAGACAAAAUCAAUGCCCGGCAGCCUUGUUCCCCUUCCCCCCUUCCCCCUUCCCCCCUCCCUCUCCCCCUCCUGCUUGUCUUCCAAUGCGUGAUAAUUACAUUCGGUCCCCGCACUCCCAAUUGGCUCCCAGCAUCAUGUCCAGGACGUUCAUCAGCCUGAAGUAUGUUGACCAUUCAAUGCCCGCCACGAUGGUAGACCAUAUCGGAGUUGAAUCGGGGAGGGCAUGGGUCAACUGCGCCUCUUAUAUCCCUAUCCGUUCUUGGAUCGCUCUCGUUGCCUCAACCGUUCCUAUCAGGAGUUGCUCAUAUAAACUCCAACACGACAGAUCACAAUAGGAUUUGAAAUUCAUAAACCUAAUAAUUCAUGUUAGCAGCAACCAUCGCAUAUCGUCAGUGAUAUUUUCACGUUGAAGUGGAUUGGGGAAUGCUUCGAGAGUGUUGAACAAUACAAUACAUUCGUCAUGGAAUUUGUGGGUUUCGCUGCAGCCCUCAUCACAUUGUUAAAAGCGACUACUACGGCCAUUAGCGCGGUUAGGUCCUACAAUGCCUCAGAGGUAGAAGCAUCAAGAAUAGACCAGGAGAUAGGAGAUCUCCAGGCCGUCCUGGAACGAUUGGCAUUGUUAGAGCAAGAAGCAGACAAGGAUGAAGCAGCGACGGGGAGCGUGCUGCCGAUGUUAAAGGCUCCGUGGUAUAACGGAGUUUUCGACUUGUGCCAGAAAGAGUUGGAAAGUCUGAACUCCCGCCUGAGUUUGCAGGAUGCCUCGAAAACUAGAAGAGUUGUUCAGCAAUUACGGUGGCCGUUGAAGAAAAAGGAAGCAGACCAAAUUAUUCUGAAUAUCAGAAAGCAUACGGAGAGUCUUCUCCAGGCAGUACAGGUCGACCAAACAUCUAUGCUACUCAAAAUGAACAAUACGAUGCAAUCUGCAAAUAAAUCCAAGUUAGAAAACCUCCAACGGAGGAUCAACCGACGGCUCGCUGCGGUGGAUCCAUCACUCAACUAUCGCAGAGCAAGGCGCAAGAGGCAUCCCAACACGGCAUCAUGGUUUAUAGAGAGCGAUUAUUUCGACGAGUGGAAAAGUCGUGCACCAUCAUUUUGCUGGCUGCAUGGGAUUAUCGGAAGCGGCAAGACGGUGAUGAGCUCUGCGGUCAUCGAACAUAUGGCCCAGGAAUGCUUACCCAGGCCUCUUUCAGCUCUCGCAUAUUUUUACUUCGACUUCAGCGACCCGGAUAAGAUGGCGCCUGAGAGAAUGAUGCGGUCGCUUAUCGAGCAGUUCUGUUAUAAAUGUCGCGAUAUUCCUCGAUUGGAACGUAUUUAUGACAUGUCUUGUAUGCCAAAUUUCGAACUGGAAGCAAGCGACCUUCUUGCUACGCUCCUCGAGAUCAUUGAAAGCUUCGAAGAAAGUUUCAUUGUAAUUGAUGCCCUUGACGUAUGCUCCAACGUUCCCGAGUUACUACGCAUUAUUCGGGAUAUUCUACGUCGCUCGUCUUCCAAAGUCCACAUCCUAUCCACGAGCCGACAGGGAAAAUAUAUUGAGGACGGAGUUAAUUCAUUGCCUGGAAACGUACAAAAAGUCGCUAUGGAUAAAACGCAGGUAAAUCGUGAUAUUUGCAUGUAUGUCCAGGAAUGUCUCAGGACAGACAGAAAAUUUAAGAGAUGGGAGAAAUAUCCCGGUAUUCUAAAAGAUAUCGAAACUUACACGAUGAGCAAAGCUGAUGGCAUGUUUCAGUGGGCUUUUUGUCAGCUUGAGGUGCUGGGAGAUUGCUUUAGCGAGGAAGCACUUCGAGCAGCCCUUGGAUCACCACCUAAGUCAUUGAAUGAUAUGUACGAACGGAUUCUCCGUGAUCCCUUUGGAGGACGGAUAAAUUACAUUCCUCAAGUAUUGCACUGGUUGGCCUUCUCUGCCCGCCCACUGACGAUCGCUGAAAUGGCUGAGAUGCUUACGAUCGACCUCAAUGCUUAUCUUCAAUUUGAUACCAGAAGAAGAUUCUUCGAUCCUCGAGAAAUUUUAGAUAUAUGCUCCCCGCUUGUGAGAGUCGACGUUGAACAAGGUCGUGGCGAAGUUUUCAAGUUGGCUCAUCUUUCGGUCAGGGAGUUCAUUGUGUCAGACAACCUGUCUACUUCUACUGAACCUGGUUCUCAGUACCACAUUUCUGAAUCGUCCGCCAAUGCGGAAAUGGCAGAGAUUUGCCUUGCAUAUCUGUUGCACUAUUUCCAUGACACUGUUGUUGAGGAUGGAAUGGAAACCCGUUUUCCACUUGCCAGGUACGCCUCUAGGUACUGGGUGCAUCACGUACGAGCAGCGAAAAGCAUUACAAAGAGAAUCCGGAUUUUGGCUAUGAGGCUCCUGUCAUCGAAUAGCCUUGCAUACCGUAAUUGGAUUCGACUCUACGACCCGGAACACCCUACAAAAGAUCCAAACCACACAAAGUCACGAAAAACCAUACGCGCUCCGUUGUACUACAUGGCACUAAUUGGUGUAGCCGAUCUGACUGAGAUCUUACUUGCAGAGGGGAUUAAUCCUGACGCGUAUCAAGGACAUUAUGGUACCCCACUGCAGGCUGCAUGUACUAUGGGUCAUGUCGAGGUUACGAGACAGCUCCUUGCCAAGGGAGCUGAUUUUAAUCUCAUGAAGGAUGGAUCCAGCAACGCUCUACGGCUUGCCACGAUUGGAGGUCAUACUGAAACUGUGCAAUUGCUCCUUGAAAAGGGAGCCGAUAUCAGUGCUUCUGGCUCUCUGCUACAGGAUGCCGUCACGAGGGGACAUGCCGAUUUAGUGAAGCUACUGCUUCAGAAGGGCCAAGACCCUAAUACGCACCACGAAAUAUAUGGGACAGUGCUCCAAGAUGCCUGUACAUGCGGCCACGACGAAGUCGUGGACCUGCUGCUUGAAAAUGGCGCGGAUAUCAACAUUCAAAGUGGAAUUUACAAGAGCCCUCUACUGGCUGCGUCUAUAAAGGGCUAUCUCCAUAUUUGCACCCAGCUGCUUUUGAAGGGUGCCAACCCAGACACCAAAGGUGGCACGUACGGUAACGCGCUCAACGCUGCAGCCUCCAAGGGCCACCUUCGUAUCGUAGAAACGCUGGUACAGAAUGGCGCCACCAUCGACGCAGUGGAUUGGGUAGGCGAUACUCCACUACAAUCCUCAUUGGCGGCAGGCCAUGAAUCCAUCGCACGGUUAUUGCUCAGCAAGGGGGCCAACUCUCGUUGGGAAGGCGGUCUGUACGGCAACGUGCUUCAAGCAGCAUCUCUUGGAGGUGUUCAAUGUGUGGUAAAAUCCCUUAUCGCCGGUGGAGUCGACGUUAACACUCCCGGGGGAAGGUACGGAACUGCACUUCAGGCAGCUGCUUCAAGGGGUCACGUUGAGAUCAUCAAAAUGUUGAUUGACAAUGGGGCAUUUAUUAAUGCGGAGGGGGGAUAUUACGGCAGCGCUCUGCAUGCGGCCUCAUCCAAGGGUCAUGAAAACGCCGUAUGGGUAUUACUGGCACAUGGAGCCCACGUCAAUAUAACGGUCGGCAAGUUCGGUUGUCCAAUACAAGAGGCCGCAGUUCACAACCACCCCGACGUCGUCCGGCUCCUUCUUGAUAACGGCGCGGAUAUUAACAGUUCGGCAGGUCGACGAGGUCCUGACAAUAUAUUAGAGUUGGCGACCAGGCGCGGUAGCACAGAAGUUGUGCGAGUCAUACUUAAAUGGGUAUCUGACACCGAUGUGGAGCUACAUGCGUUGGACUCUUCCUGGAAGGCAGCUGUUGAGUGCAACGAGCAUGAAAUUGCUGCCCUGCUUAAUCAGUGAGUUUCCCAAGUAUAUUGAUGAGGAGGACUCUAUUCUAUUUUCUCAAAGUCGGCUUUUUUAAGCUCAAGGGGAUCCAUUGAGACACCUAAUGAGCUGUUCGAAUUCUUUUGAUGAACGUGGUUGGUCAUGUUGGUUUUUCGUCAGGGACAUUCUUUCUGUCCAGACGCACUUUUCGGGAAUAUGCAGUGAGCUAAUUAUCAUGCCCUGCCACUCGAUGCUGAUUAUAUAUUGGUAAAAUGUAAGGAUAACUCAAUAGAAGGCUUUUUUUCUUGGUUAAAUUGUAUUAAUACCCAAUUUUUGAAACGCCAUAGGAUGAAGAAAAGACUACGUAAUCUUAAACAUGGGGAUAAGAAAAUAUAAAAACCCUCUAUUCUAGCUCAUAAGAAAUGAGGUACCAUUAACAGCAAGAAGAUGAAAUGAAGAGCCACGCUCAUGUGCAGUAGUACCACUCUAUUAUUGCCAUAAAAAAACCAUAUCAUUCCAGGAGUACAAUUAGAAAAAUAGAGUCGAACGAAUCCAUGUUCUGGAACAAGUGAAAAACAAUGAGGGGAAAAGAAAAGGCAAACACUCUAUUAUCUCAUGAACACUUUAUCCUACUACUCAUCACCAUCAGGCUCCACAUCACUCAUCCCCUCAUCGCGCCCUUCAUCCAUCGCGUCCGCGUUGACGUUAUCCGAGUCCGAGCGACGCCGUUCUUUAUCGUGAGAGAUGGUCCGCCAGCCCUCAGCAGCCGAGGGAUCUUUCACGUACUCGGACAUGGGGAACUGUGCAGGUUGUCGUUAAUAAAUAAAUACUCCUAAUAAGCGACAGAAAAUGUUUUUUUUUU